AUGUCUGAAAUUGAUGAAGAGGAAGAUUUUGAUCUGGAAGAAAUUGAAGAAGAGGAAACCGAUGAAGAGGAAAAUGAUGAGGAAUUUAUUGAAACUGAUUCUGAAGAGGAAGAAGGAAAAGUUACUGAUCAUCAUGAAUUGUCGGAACAAGAGGAGGAUGAACGAGAUUUUCCAAACUUUUUCGAUGGCCUCACUCCACAAGGAAGACUUCAGGUGAAACAUGCUCGGAAAUUAUAUUUUGAUGAAAAACAAAGAGAGUAUAAUGCAAUGGUUGCAAAAGAAGUGUCAUCUAAAGUGAAACAAAGGUGGAACGAUAUUGCUUCUAAUGAGCAAUUGGCAUCUACUGGAUUUGAUUUUCAAGUAUUGAAAAAUAUUUUGGAUUCACAACUGAGUACGACAGGCGAAACAUCUACUACUGCUACUUCACGUCAAACACAACAAUCCCUCGAAGAACAAUUAGAUAUUAAACAGAGAGGAGAUCAUUGGGAUUAUACGAUUGGUCUGAAUGAGGUCAAUCACAACAACACUGAAGAAAAUACACAAGACAAUGAGACCAAUGAUGAAGAGGAAGAAGACAAUGAGGAAGAUGAAGAAAUUACUGACGACGAUGACGAAGAUUAA